AUGACACAGCCCACGGCUAUCCUUUCCGUGUACGACAAGACGGGCCUUGUAGAGCUGGCCCAGGGCCUUGCUGCCAAGGGCGUGCGCCUGCUUGGUAGCGGAGGCACGGCACGCAUGGUGCGUGAGGCCGGCCUCGAGAUUGGCGAUGUGUCGGACAUUACGCAUGCCCCUGAGAUGUUGCAUGGCCGCGUCAAGACCCUGCAUCCGGCGGUGCACGGCGGCAUCUUGGCACGUACGUCGCUCGAGUCCGACCGUGCGGACCUCGAAGCGAACAAGAUUGCGCCGAUCGAUAUCGUGGUGUGCAACCUGUACCCGUUCGAGGACACGGUCGCCAAGGACCCGGCGCCAUCGAUCGCCGAGGCCGUCGAGGAAGUCGACAUUGGUGGCGUGACGCUCAUCCGCGCCGCUGCCAAGAACCACGACCGUGUGUGGGUGCUGUGUGAUCCCAAGGACUACGCUACGUUCCUGGCGCACUACGGCGAGGCGGCCGACAGCGACGCAGCCAAGCAGAGCCGCGAACGCUUUGCCCUCAAGGGCUUUACGCACACGGCGCACUACGACACGGCGAUCAGCCAGUACUUCCGCGAGCAGUACGCAUCGCCCCCGCGUGAGCCUGUCCAGUACCUGACGCUGCGCUACGGUGCGAACCCGCACCAGAAGCCCGCGUGUGCGUACCUGCCGGACCGCGAGCUGCCGUUCAAGGCGCUGAGUGGCUCGCCUGGCUACAUCAACCUGCUCGACAGCCUGAACGCCUGGGCCCUCGUCAAGGAGCUGAGCCAGGAGACGCAGCGUCCCGCAGCCGCGUCGUUCAAGCACGUCUCGCCGGCCGGCGCCGCCGUGGCUGUGCCGCUCUCGGAAGUCGAGGCGCGUGCGUACUUUGUGGCAGACUUGGGCCCUCUCUCCGACCUCGCGACGGCCUACGCACGCGCGCGUGGCGCAGACCGUAUGAGCAGCUUUGGCGACAUGAUUGCGCUGUCGCACACGUGUGACGUCCAGACCGCGCGUAUCAUUUCGCGCGAGGUGAGUGACGGUGUGAUUGCGCCCGGCUACGAGGCCGAGGCGCUCGAGAUGCUGCGCGGCAAGAAGGGCGGCAAGUACUGCGUCUUGCAGAUGGACCCGACGUACGAGCCCCACUCCAUCGAGACGCGCCAGGUGUAUGGCAUUUCGCUGCAGCAGAGGCGCAAUGAUGUGCGCAUCACGCCUGACAUGUUCAAGGAGCGCGUGUCGGCCAUCAAGGAGGUGCCCGAGUCGGCCGUGCUCGAUAUGAUCGUGGCGACGAUUGCGCUCAAGUACACGCAGUCGAACAGUGUGUGCUACGCGCUGCACGGCCAGGUCAUUGGUCUGGGUGCUGGUCAGCAGUCGCGCAUUCACUGCACGCGCCUGGCUGGCAGCAAGGCGGACAACUGGUGGCUCCGCCAGCACCCGCGUGUGCUGGGCCUGCCUUUCAAGAAGGGCACCAAGCGCCCGGACAAGAGCAAUGCCAUCGACCUGUACGUCGAGGGCACGCCGCUCGAUGGCGAAGAGCGUGCGCAGUGGGAGUCGCUGUUUGAAACGCUGCCUGCGCCGCUGACGCCGGAAGAGCGCGCCUCGCAUGCCGCGGCCCUGAAAGAGGUCGUCGUGGCCAGCGACGCCUUCUUCCCCUUCCCGGACAAUGUGUACCGUGCGGCGCGCUCGGGUGCCAAGUACAUUGCUGCGCCGGGCGGCAGUGUGAUGGACGACGCAUGCGUGGCUGCUGCGAAUGCGCAAAACAUGGUCGUGGCGCGCACCCACUUGCGUCUGUUCCACCACUAG